AUGGCCGACGCAGAAUCGUUGGCAGAUGUCGCCAAUAACAUCGACGACAUUUCCAAUAACCUUCGAAACCGUGGCCUAGGCGUGAUUUCCGAAGCGUAUGAGCAAUACCAGAAAGAGGUGGCCAAGGCUGAAGCUUUGGCGUACAAGGGAGAGGCAGGGCUGAUGGUGAUGGAGAAGAUCAAGGAAUUGGAGCUGAUAUUUGCCAAGGUGACGCAGAACGAUAUCAAGGACUUGCCGAUGUUUAUGAAGGAUUCGGAAGCGUUGAAGAAGACGGCAGCUUUUGCUGCUUUGAAUGCUAAGCAUAUACGGUUUGGUGAUUAUAAGGAAGCACUUACACUUGACGAGUUUACCAAGGCAGCAAAAAAGUUUAUGAAUCCAGAUUACGAGGAGGGGUCAGAUAGGCUGUUGGUGGAGUCUGUGAAUAGCGAACAGAGCGCUGCCAACGAGGUGUUUAAUUCGUAUAACUGGCUGAAGAUGGGUGCUAUGUUUGUUCUGUUGGGCUCGCGUGUGGCGCCUUCACAGUUUCUUUAUGGACCUUUGGCGACUCAGAGGAGGAGAGUGGCGCCAAGAACGAGGAAUGUGGACGAUACGCUUGGAACUCAGGGUAAAACUACCGCUCAGAAGGUGACGGUGGAGGAUAUCCAUACAGAUCCAGAACAGAACACAUCACAUAUGGUGAGAAGCAUAUACCGCAAUUUGGUGGAGAAGAGUGAGGAUGAUAGGCUCAAUUUUUAUGUUUUCUUUCUCAAUCCUGAUUCGUUUGCUCAGCUGGUGGAAAAUUUGUUUUAUAUUAGUUUCUUGGUGAGAGACGGUAAGAUCAGGCUCGAUAGUGACGAAAACGACGUGCCAUACGUGGAAGUACUCGAUGACGAAGAUACUGUGGAUGAAUCGGCAGCUAUUUCACACCAUAUUGCUACGUUUGACUACCCUACAUGGCAUCGGUUGAUUGCCCAGUAUAACAUUACAGAGUCGUUUAUUCCUCAUCGAGACGUUCCUGAGGACGAGGGAUUUCCAGCCAGCCCGUGA